GCUUAGGCUCGAAAACAGAAGAAAGAAAGAUGCUCGACUGGCUUCUUGUGUUUUCAUGUUAUUUUCCAUUGUUAAUUUAAAGCUCGCAGCUUAAAAACAUGUUAAUAUGUGGUUUUUAAAAAGUCUCAACAGUGCUACCGUUUAUUAUAUUCGGCCGGAAAAGGCCAAACACGUCGUAAGCCGUUCAGUAGGUGAACUGAUUAUUCGUGACGAUCCCUCGAUCAGUCGCAAUCAUGCGUUUCUUUAUCCGGAACCAAACUCGCUUAAGAUCAUCGACGCCGGUUCCCGGUAUGGAACAUUUCUCAACGAACAAAUCGAAUCGAGCCGGGAACCCAUUACCAAAGAUGUUCCGAUCAAGCUGAAGCUGGGCGAUCGGAUUCGUUUUGGCAAGUGCAAAAGUAGUUGGUGCGUAUGUCGGGUCGAUUUUAACUGCAUCACUUCAACGAUUAGCGUGACGGAACCAUUGCAAGAGGCGCUCCAAAAACUGGGCGGACGUGUUGAUGGUAACUUUCAGCCCGGUAUGACGCGGUUUCUGAUAAUGAAUUCGAUAACCACUACCACUAAACUGCUGCUGUGUCUGAUCGAACAAAUUCCGGUGGUUCGUCCGGAAUACUUUCAGGAAUGUGUUAAGGCAGUAGAGGACAACUUACCGUUGCCGGAUGUUGAUUGUUUUAUUCCGGAGUUUACCGAAUCGUACGUGCGUAGCGAUGGCAUCAAUUUUAAAGCAACUCUGGCGAGAAAAACGUUAUUCAAAGAUAAAGUGUUUGUAUUUCUUAAGGUGAAGCAUAUGAGUCAAUACGAAAAAAUAAUUACAUCUGCGGGAGGAAGUUGUAUUUGCGCUCAAAAACGCAAGAUUGCCAAGUCUUUUUUCAUCGAGCCUCACGUAAUCGUGAUGCAAAACAUGACGGAUUCGCUCUCGCAAGGCUCUUCCCAGGCUGUUCAUGGUUUGCAACAGCUUGUUACAGACGCUGGUCGUAGAAUGAUUCCAGAAGCGGAUAUUGGUCUGGCUAUUCUAUACUGUUCCUUGGAAAAAUAUUGUAAUCCAUUAUACAAGUUUUCUAAUUUGCUGGAUCUGGAAACGGUGCGUUUUAGCCAAGGAGCAGUAUUGGCGAAAAAUAGUGAAGAAUUAUCGAAAGAAAACUGCACGAAACAAAUUAUCUCAAUUCCAGAAACGGAAUCCCGAGAUAGUACCGAAAGUUUCGAUAUUCACGGAAGUUCGAGUGUAAACUCGUUGGUAUUAAAAGCUUCCGAUGCUACUUCGGAGUUUGUCAAACCUGCCGCAGCUGCAACGAAGGCAGUGCGUGGCAAACGCAAACGAGAACGAGAAAAUGAAAUGCCUCCAGCUGAAGUAAAAAAUAAUCCUACAAAAGUGAGCUCUACCGAAAGUCAAGAAUUGGUUAUACCCGAAACACCUUCGGAACAGCAAUCGUCUUCACAGUCAUCACAGUUGUCGGGAUUUCUGUCGGUGCAUCACGAUGAGCCUGUGUCUUCGACCCAAACAGAGCCAAUCAAUCGACAACAAAAGAAACGAUUGUUGAACCUUGAUGAUAACGACGACGACUUGUUCAAUUUUGGCGAUAGUCAUUUACCAAAACGAGCGAAACGCCAAACUGCGCUAGCAGAAUCUUUCAGCGGUUCGCAGUCACAGAAAAGAACCCGUUCCAAGGACCAAGACAGUGACGAUGAUUUAUUCUCCUUUGGAGCUGGUCGAUCGAAGCGUGUAAAGAAUAGCUCAACUAGCGAAUCUGCUGCAGUUUCAUCGGAAAGCUCAACACCGGUUCCGAAGAGUACGACAACUACCAACUCCUCUUCGAUUUCUUCGUACAAGCAGUUUAUCAAGCCAAUAAAAGUUCCAGUUGAUAAUUGGCUGUCAUCUACGUUCUGUGGACUGAAUGUCAAAUCACAGGAUAACGGUUCCGAUAUGUUGAACGGAUCUGAGGAACAUUCAACCGAGAAGAUAAAGACCGACCCAGACGAGCCAGAUGAAAAGACGCGAGUCUGGAUCGAUGGCAUGGAGGCGAUGUUUCAGGUGCGCGUUAAAUGUAUGAACCUGACAUCGCAUCGGCCUGCACCGCAACUGAACGAGGACAGUUUUUCAUCGUCACGAAAUGGCCUCUCCGGGUCAACAGUCAACCGUGGCUUCAAAGCAUUCGUAAAGACUCGGUUUCGAUUAUUCUCUUCUAGAAACACAACUACAAACCGCAGCAAACGAUAGUCAAAACUAAACCAGUUUGCGUGUUGGAUAACACCCAAGACGAUCACUUUUAGGAUGGGAAAUUUCGUUAACUACGAAACAAACCAAUGCUGAAGAUUUUCGAAUAAAAAGCAACCUUUAAACAUGUAUAAACGUUCCUUAUUUUUU